AUGGCGGACUCUCCUGCCGAGGACAAGAUCGUCGGACUCGCUGGCGGCGACCAGUCGCUCGCCGUUGAGAAGCCGAGCCGCCUGCUGAGAGUGGCGCGCGAGAUCCGCUUGCACCUGUACUCGUUUCUCUUGAAGCGCGACGACCCGAUCGACACCGUUCUGGUCCCGGCAAAUACCCGGAUGAUCACCUUUAACAGCGGUUUUUGGGGUGUUAAGGUCGAGCACAUCGGGGCGACCUUCAGGGCCCAUACCAAGGUCAUGCAGCACAUCUCCGACUGGGACCCGAAGAACAUAUUCCUUGUCUGCCGCCUGCUCCACACCGAGGGCAGCAUCUACUACUACAACAACAAUUUGUUCGAUUUCCACUCGCCUGCUCAGUGCCAUGGCUGGUUCGCCAGGCUCUCUGCCAACACCCGCAGCCUGGUGCGCCACAUCGCCGUCCCGAUGACGCACAUCUCGUGCCCCUUCGAACCCCGCUCCUUCCUGACGAUGCUGCCCGACAUGGCCGCCAACCUGCAGACGCUGUACCUGGCGGACAAGAUCUGCGAAUCCGACAAUCCGCAGAGCAGCAACGUGCGCGACUGGCCUGACCUGGUGGACGACCCGACCUACUGGGACAAGUGGCGUAAGCGCUGGGGCUUUACCGCCGCUGCCGGUGGCUCGAACCAGCAGCACCAGGACGACUCGAUCCCCGUUGGCGGUCCCUACCGCAAGAUCACCGCGACCACGACGCCCGCGGGUCCCGGUGACGACGGCGAAAACGGAGACGCUGAGACGGCGCCGACCCAGCCUGGCGUUGACUCGAUGGCUUGGGGCCGCCUGGACAUUUUGUUGGAGCAGCUGGCCAAGAUGCCGCGUCUGAAGACCGUGUACUUGGGCCCCGGCUUUGAUGCUGGCUGGGACCAGCCUGUUGCCCAGGUUCUGCAGCAGCUGGAGACGGCGCGCGAUAUGGAGGACUUGGAGCGCAAGCAGGAAGAUGUGGACAUGACCGGCACGGAGUAA